GCACACCAAAUUCUGCAUAUAAACCAGGGGUGCAGAUGAACCCCUUUCAUCGACAGGAUCAUACAGCACCCAUGAUUUCUCUGGUCUUUGUUCUGCUCAUUGGAGCCGCUUUUGCCACGGAGGACGACAAGAUCGUCGGAGGGUAUGAGUGCAAGGCCUACUCCCAGCCCCACCAGGUGUCUCUGAACUCUGGGUACCACUUCUGUGGUGGUUCCCUGGUCAAUGAGAACUGGGUUGUGUCUGCAGCUCACUGCUACAAGACCCGUGUGGAGGUGCGUCUGGGCGAGCAUAACAUCCAGGUGACUGAGGGUAGCGAGCAGUUCAUCUCUUCAUCCCGCGUGAUCCGUCACCCCAACUACAGCGCCUACGACCUCGACAAUGACAUCAUGCUGAUCAAACUGAGCAAACCCGCCACCCUCAACACCUACGUGCAGCCUGUUGCUCUGCCCAGCAGCUGUGCCCCCGCUGGCACCAUGUGUACCGUCUCUGGAUGGGGAAACACCAUGAGCUCUACUGCUGACAGCAACAAGUUGCAGUGCCUGAACAUCCCCAUCCUGUCCUACAGCGACUGUAACAACUCCUACCCUGGCAUGAUCACCAACGCCAUGUUCUGUGCUGGAUACCUGGAGGGAGGCAAGGACUCUUGCCAGGGUGACUCCGGUGGCCCAGUGGUGUGCAACGGUGAGCUGCAGGGUGUUGUGUCCUGGGGUUAUGGCUGUGCCGAGCCCGGUAACCCCGGUGUCUACACCAAGGUGUGCAUCUUCAACGACUGGCUGACCAGCACCAUAGACGGUACACAUGGUGCCAGCGGGAGCACAGCUGCUGGGCAGAGCAACAGGCUGCACCCCAAACUUAAAGCAAAAAAGUUGAAGGAGGUCAAGUUUAAAACAUACGACUUCUUCAUCAUCAUCAGCACGGUGAGGUUCAAAGAGAAUGACAUCAUGCUGGCCAAAGAGAUCCAGAAGAUGAAAACCUCUCAGAGCACAAGAGGAGUUCCAUGCGUGUGUCCAGGUGUCUUUGAUCAGCCAGUGUUCACCGGACAGACAGACACCAUGAGACUGCUCACUCUGAUACUGCUGGUUGGAGCUGCUGCGGCAGUGCCCCGUGAGGAUGGUAAGAUCAUCGGUGGCCAGGAGUGUGAACCUCACUCCCGACCCUGGAUGGCCUCCCUCAACUACGGGUACCACUUCUGCGGAGCCGUGCUCAUCAACGAGCAGUGGGUGCUCUCUGUCGCUCACUGCUGGUACAACCCCUACGCAAUGCAGAUCAUGCUUGGAGAGCACAACCUGCGUGUGUUUGAGGGAACUGAACAGCUCAUGAAGACUCAAAACAUAAUCUGGCAUCCCAGCUAUGACUACCAGACGCUGGACUAUGACAUGAUGCUGAUCAAGCUGUUCCACCCUGUGGAGAUCACUGAUUAUGUGAAGCCCAUCCCGUUGCCCACAGGCUGCCCAUACGCAGGCGCCCCCUGCUCCGUCUCUGGCUGGGGCAACAUCGCCACCGGAGAGGAGGUAAACAUGCCCGCCCGUCUGCAGUGUCUGGAUGUGCCCAUACUGGAGGAUGAGAAGUGUGAGAUGGCCUACCCUGGCAUGCUCACCCGCAGGAUGGUGUGUGCCGGAUACAUGGACGGAGGCAGAGAUGUAUGCAACGGGGACUCUGGCAGUGGUCUAGUGUGUUUGGGUGAGGUUCAUGGCCUGGUGUCCUGGGGUCAGGGCUGUGCCGUGCCCGGACACCCCGGAGUCUAUGUCAAAGUGUGUGAGUUCCUCCCCUGGAUCGAUGAGACCAUGAAGGCCAACAUGUAACACCACCAGCUGCUUUCCUCCUUGUCUCUCAGACCUCCACUCCUCCUCACUCUCUCUAUCUCUCUAUCUCUCUCUCUCACUCUCUUUCUCUCUCUCUCCUCCUAGUUCAAUACUAAAGUAGACUCAGCACAAAGUGUAAGCAUGUCAAACACAAUAAAGCCUGAAGUUACACUA